GAUUGUUUCGUAUCAAGGCUAAGCUUGCAAAUAGAUUGGAAAUACAAAUGAUUUCCUCUCUGGUGAUUUAAUUAUUAGUCUUCUCGAUUAACUAAUAUUGUUUCCAUGUACAAUCGUUGUCAUGAAAAAGAAACGACUAUCAAUUAAUUGGUCAAUUCGAUUUACUGUUGAUAAUAUGCAAAUAUUUGCUCGCAGCAAUUAAACUUUAAUUGGCCUACGUGCAUUUAAUUGUGAGCCACUAAUUGUCAACCUUGAUAGAUUUCAUUAGGAUUAAGAUUAACCCAUAGAUGGAAGGUCAUUUAUCAUUAAGAUUCAUCAAACUAAUUUAGCCAUUUAAUUGGCCUCACAAAUCUUAACUUUUUUUUAUACAUCACAAUUAACCAACCAACUUACUCUAGUUAAAAUCGCCUUGAAUCAACAUCAUGAUUAUGAUUUUAAUUGUAAUCGUUAUGCACCUUGGAUCAGAUGGAUGAGUGAAUUUACAACUCGCAACAACUUAUCCCAAGAUCCGGUUAUGAAUUUGAGUCUUUUUUUAUUCCACCCACUGUAGUUUACUAGUCUCUCUCUCUCUCACCCAAUUUACUCCCACAAUUAACUGAUUCUAAUUUUAACAAUAUUUAGUUGGUUUAAUUCAUCGAUUUCAAUUCGGAAUUGUAUUUGUACAAUGAUCUCAUGGUGAUUCUCAUUGUGUUUUGUUUGUAACUUAAAUUGUCCACUGUUUCUAACAUAUUUUAAUUGUAUCAUCGAUUUAUUUUCCUCUGUUUGAUCAACUUAAUUCAAUUGUGUUGGAAAAGUGAAAAUUUGGUCAGCUAAAUCAAUCAGUUGAUCAAAUGAAUGAACAGCUUAACUGAAUUUGCCAUAAACUAUAAUUAAUCCAAAUAAAAUUAACAUGAUUAUUAUCUUGACCAGUUUUCUGGUGAUGAUCUUGAUGAUUCCGUUGAUUGAUUGUAAACCAUUUUCAAAAGAUGAUUGGAAAUCCCCACCAUAUCCUGAUGAUACUUAUUUUUAUUCUGAUUAUAAACUUCCAGCCAAAUUAAUUACAAAUCAAAUUCACUCUCCUAGUCCACAAAAUUGUCCUGAAACUGGUAAAACUUUAUGCAAGGACGUUGAUCAAUAUCCACUUGAACAAAUUUUGGAUAUUGUUAAAUCAACCAAUUCAGUCAAUUUCAACUUCACCAGUAUUUUUUCAGACGAGUCAACAAAUGAUCAACAGCCAAUAAUCAAUGAACUACCAGCAAUUAAAAGUAACACCAAAGGAAUUAAAAAAAAUGAGACUCGAGUGAGAAUCAAAUUAAACUCAAAUGGUAACAGUCGCCGAUCAGUUGGUUCAAGUUCGUUACCUAAACAAAUUUUUGAUGCUUGGAAAAGUGUCCAUGAUGGUUUGCCCGAAGUAAAUGUUAACGAUAGUCCUUCAAUAGUUGACCUUAAAACAGGUAAUAAGACUGAAAAGACUGUUCGAUUAGGAUCAUCAUCUUCGCCAUCCACAUCCACAUCACCAUCGACAAUAUCUAAAGGAUUGAACAAUAACAAUACUGCCGUUAAUGUUGAGAAGACUUAUCGAGUUCGAAGAAAGCUCGAACCAUCCGAAGAUAACCUGGAAAAAGAGGAAAUUUGCGCUUCAAAGACCAUGUACAUCACUCCAAGAGCGGCUUUGAAUGAUAGAUCUGAGUGGAAAUUCAUUGUUAAUCUCGGUGAACAGGAUACGCGAUUAAAGCAGAUUAUCAAAGUUGAAGUUUGUCUAAAAAGUGGAUCCUCAUGUUCAUCGUCGAUUUCACUUCCAUUUGGAUACAAAACGAGAUGCAAACAAAAGUAUAUAAAGAAAAAACUUUUAGCAUUGGACGCGAAUGGAGUGACCACAUCGACGGACAAUUUUUUCGUUCCUUCUUGUUGUUCCUGUCAAAUUUAUCGAGAAAUUAAAAAAACUAGAAGAUAGAAAGACGUUUUAAUGUCGAUUGCAAGUAUUAAACAGAAAAUACAACAUAAUCUAACUGCCAUUUAAUCAAAGGAUCAACAAUUAACAAAGAUUGUCCAAAUUCUCAAAUGUAAUUUUGAUAACAUGAUCUAUUCAUAAAUAAACCAUAGAAAACUUUAUA